CGAGCGCCACUUGUCCCCUCUCUACUUGUAGGUAAGCCUCCGCGACUAACUUCCAUUCACAAAAAACUGCCUGAACUCACGCUGACCAAACUUGCUUGGGCUGUUUUUGCUCUGUUUUGGGUUUUUUCGAGGACGGGAUUUUUUUGGUAAAAGUUAACAGGGGGAGACUCGCUGGCUGUCCCGUCUCAUCAUCAGGCGGUGAGUGUCUAUUUGGGGGGUGUGACUGCACUCCCCAGUCGUGCCGUGUCGGGCUUGUUUAUGAGCUGAGCAGGUUGCUUAUACGGAGCUAUAGCCUACACAUCGGGCCAUGCUGUGUAGCCACGCGGGGUGACAGGCUGUUGGAGGAUUUGUUGGUCAAAAACCCGCUACUUUGAGUUGAAUGAGCUCCAAGACGUUGCGGACGAUUUGAUGUUGACAUUCAUCCAUCAAACAUGGGAACUUAAAGAAGUAGACGUUAAGGCACUGAAGUUGGAUAAUUUGGAUGGCCUUUGCUCGCAGGUUGGUGUGUGACAUGAAUGACGAACAGGACAGGCCCUAUGUGUGCGGCGCCCCGGGCUGCUCUCAGCGUUUCCAAUUAGAGGAACAUUUGAUGAUCCACAGGCACAAGCAUGAGAUGACCCUCAAGUUCCCCUCCAUCAAGACAGAUAACGCUUUCACAGACCAGACUCCGACGCCGACUCGAUUUCUGCGGAACUGCGAAGAGGUUGGUCUGUUCAACGAGAUAGAGGAGGAGUUCCUGCAGGCACAAGAGGAGGAAAAGAGCAAACAGACUCACUCUCACAAUGGGUCGUCCUGUCAGAGCCAGCACCAGCUCAAACCCCAGCUUCAGCUCCAGCACCCGCCCCAUCCCCAGCCGCCACUGCACCAUCCCAGGACCCAUCCCCUGCAGCACCCACAGCCCCACGGCCCCAUGAUGGCACCGAGCUGCAGUCUGGCUGCCCAUCAAGCCCUGUCCUCCUCUCAGUCCGGCUCGGUCAUCACCCAGGCCACCUCCACUCUCACACACUCAGGGCAAGUUCCCGGGCCGCUGUCCUCCCUUCUCCACAUGAGGAACAGACAGAGACAACCCCUGCCAGCCUCCAUGCCUGGCACCCUGCCAGACCCCGCCAUGCAAGGGGCAUCUGCUCAGCACAUGCCCGUGGAGAGACAGAUGUCCGGUAUAAUGGGCAUACCAGGUCCUUCCCAUAAUCCACCCUGUUCCUCACCUCAGAGAUCCAAACAGGCAAUGGGACAUCACCAUCACCAGCACCACCACCCAGGAAUGGUCACCAGUAGCAACCCCAUGACAUCCAUGGGUCACAUGAUGGAGAUGAUGCCACAGUGCCAGCAAGCACCUCCACUGCAGCACCACCAUCCUCAUCACCAGCUCCCACCUCCGACCCUCAACUACCAACAGCGCUGCCAUGCCCCGCCUCCACAGCAUCUGGGAAACACCCACAGCUGCCAGCUCCACCAAUCAGGGAAUCUACCGCGCCCUCAGGCUCACCAAUCACCACCAUCCCAUCUGCACCAGGGCUCACCUCACGUGCCCCCCCUCUCUGUUCCAGCACAGGUAUCUCCAGUAGCACAGCAGAUACAGCCCUCUCAGCCAUCCCAUUCCCCGCAUGCCAUGCAGCCUGGUGCUAGCUGCGGUGGUGGGGGAGGAGGUGGAGGUCGUCGGAGAAGGACAUUAGAGCAGGACCCUGACGAGCGCAGACAGAAGUUUCUGGAACGUAACCGUGCUGCGGCCACCCGCUGCCGACAGAAGAGGAAAGUGUGGGUGUCGUCUCUGGAGAAGAAAGCUGAGGAGCUGACACACACAAACCUGCAGCUACAGAAUGAGGUGACAUCACUGAGGUCAGAGGUCGGUCAACUGAAGCAGAUUCUGCUGACCCACAAGGACUGUCCUGUCACUGCCCGCCAGAGAGAGGCACAGGGGUACCCCACUGCAGGGAUGAGCCCAGGAGGAAGUCCCACCCCUGUAUGUCCUGGGUCUCAUCUGCAGGCCAUCCAACACAACAGCAUCUCCACCUCCUCGAAUACAGCAUGUGACACAGGGCACGACACCCAUCCGGGACACUAGCCCUCACCGCAAGGAGGCAGGGUGGGCAGCUGGUGGAUGAAUCUAACUAGACUGAAAUAGCUUCCUGUCAUAGCUGCAUUUUAAAAGUCUCGCCUAUAGCCUCAGAUCCUUGUCUCCUCUUUAAUUUCUAUGUAGUUAAGUGUUGACCUGGAUAGGUGAUUUUGUGAGUCCAAAUGAACACACCUAACAUUUUUUUUAACACCUGUAACUUGUUGUGUGGCCUAUGUUGGAGAGACGAUAAGAGAAUGAAGCCAUAUACUGAGCCAUACUCCUAAUUUUUUUCCAUAACAGGUUCAAAAAUGACCAUUUAUAAAAGCCUUGAGUCAUUUGGUGUUAAUAACUGUGACUGACACAUGGCAACUGGAUCCUAUGUCUGUUUCUGUUGAUAACAGUCUGACCAUUGACUACCCAUGUGUUUGUGAGCACACAGUCUGUCAUAACACGUUAUUUUGGAACUUUUUGCUCUUAUUUCUUGCACUAUGUCCUAACAAUAAGAACUAUAUUACAGUAUGUAACAUUUUGUGUUAUUCAGCUGAAUGCAAUUGCACAUCUUAUGCCUUCUUUUGGAUCUUGAGGCAGAUUGUAAAAAAAGAUGAAAAGAAAAAAGAAAGAAACUAAUGCAACUGUUUAUUUUGUAAGAAAAAGGAAAAAGUAUUUGUUUAUUUUGAGAUGUCCUCAUUUCAUAGUCUUGUAAAGCAGACCCACAUCUCUCUUUGAGAGCAGUUAGAGCAGUUUCAUACCUGAUUGUACAAUAACUCUUGAUACUCUUGAUAUUUUCCAACACAAGUAUUUUUGUAUAACUGCCCCAAGAUAUUUGAAUAACUCUAAACUGCAACUUGUCUCCAUACUGACUCAUUUUUAUUUAGGUUGCACUUUUUGUACUGUACAGAUGUUGACAAUCGCUGUAAAUCUAAUGCUAAAA